AUGGCCCCUGAUAAGAAGGGAAACAAGCGCAAGGCGCCCGCCGUCAGCAGCGAUUCGCCCGCGAAAAAAACCAAGAAGGUCGAGGCCAAAGCCGCCGAGACCGCCCAAGAUGCCGCACCGAAGUCGAUUUUGAAGAAGAAGGCCAAUGGAGCUGCUAAGCCUAAGGAGAAGAAGGCCGAGCCUGCCGUGAAGGCCAAUGGCGAGUCUACCCGCCAGGCCAAGCCUCGCAAACGCGCCGCCGACUUCCUCAGCGACGAGGAGAAAGACGAGGCUGCUGCGCCUGCGCCUGUUGCUACUCAGAAGACUGCCAGCAAUAAGAAGUCUAAGAAGGAGGAGACCGUCUCUGCGGCUGCUGAAAAGAAGGCUCCUGCCAACAAAAACACCAAGAAGUCUAAGAAGGUAGAGGAACUUCCAGAGGAAUCCGAGGACGAGCUUGUUGAGUCCGCGGAGAGCGAGGAUGAAGGCGAGGAGCAUAUUGAAGAUGAUCAGACUGCUGCGCUCAUCAAGGGAUUUGAGAGCAGUGAUGAAGAGGAUGAAUCGGGCGACGAAGGAUAUAACGCCGAUAAGCCAGUCCCCAAGAUCCCGAGUACUAAGAAAGCGGAGAAGAAGUUGAAGAAGCUGCAACAGGCUGGUACCACAGAGGAGCCCGGUACCGUCUAUGUUGGUCGCAUCCCCCACGGUUUCUAUGAGCACCAGAUGCGUGCCUACUUCUCUCAGUUUGGCGAAAUCACUCGUCUUCGUCUCUCCCGUAACCGGCUCACCGGCCGGUCAAAGCACUAUGCCUUUGUGGAAUUUGCCUCGACUACUGUCGCCAAGAUCGUCGCCGAGACCAUGGAUAACUACUUGAUGUUCGGUCAUAUUCUGAAGUGCAAGUUUGUUCCCGGCGAGCAGCUUCAUCCUGAGGUCUGGAAGGGUGCCAACCGCCGCUUCAAGGUGACCCCGUGGAACCGCAUCGAGAAGAAGCGUCUCGAGAAGGGCAAGACCCGUGAGCAGUGGACAAAGCGCGUUGAGCAGGAGCAGCGAAAGCGCCUGGCCAAGGCCGAGAAGCUCAAGGCUAUCGGUUACGAGAUUGAUAUUCCUCAGCUGAAGAGCGUGGAGGAUGUCCCCAUCCAGGAGAAAAAGGAGGAUGAGCCCCAGGCUAUUGAGGCCGCUACUGAAGAGCCCGCCAAGGCCAUUGAGGCUCCUGCCCCGACUGAAGAUACCCCCAAGAAGGCCAAGAAGGGCAAGAAGGCAGAGCAAGAAACUCCCAAACAAGAGGCUGUGACAGAGUCGCCUGCUACCAAGACUAAGAAAACAGCCAAGAAGACUGGCAAGUCGAAGGCUAAGGCGUAA